AGACUGGCAUAUGAUGGGAGGCAGCCAAUGACUCCGCGGCGCUCCUCCGGGGGCCCUCAGUGUGCGUUUGAGGAGAACAAAAAAGAGAGAGAGCGAGCCGAGCGGGGGAGCGAGCGAGGGAGCCGAGCCGAGAGAAAGAGCCGCCGGGCGCUGCCUCUCCAAAGCUCGCUGGGACCGCGGGGCCACCGGGAGGCACUUUUGUGGAGGGGGGAGGGGGGCGACCUCGGCAGCCGCGGCGCCCGGAGCGUCCGAGCGCUGCGUGGGGGCGGGCUGCGACCUCUGCCUCGGUGGAUUGCAUUUUUAAUUAAGGAUUCCCAGCAGCUCUUCGGGAUUUUUACAGCUUCCACUCAUGUGUUGACACCCGCAUUCAAGAGAAACUCGCUCCAAGUGCAUCUAGCGCCUAGGACCUGAGACGGAGUUGGACUUUCGUGCAUGCAAACCCAGGGAUUUGGGUUUUGUUUGGGAUCUUUUCUUUUUCUUUUUCUUUUUGCAGGGACCUGAGGGUAUCAACAGCCCGCCUUUCGGAUCCUGCAGGAAAAUCCCAUGUGAUUAAGCGCUUGGGCUUUCGGGGAAGAGCUUUCUAGACCCAUUUAGGGGUUCGGCGCGAGCGCUUUGUGCUCAUGGACCAGCCGCGCAACUUUUGAAGGCUCGCCGGCCCAUGCGGGCUCUUCCUAGCUGCGCGCCGCUUGCAGCCCCCUAAGGCGCGGGGGGCUGGAGUUGAGCAGCCGGGUUGCCGCGGUCCAAGUAGCCGCUGGCCCCGCGCGGACUUCGGUUCGGCGCGCGCGUGUUCCCAUCCGUUCCGCCCCGGAGAGCUCCCUCAUGUUGCAGCCCUGCUGUGCCCCCUCGACGACAGGCUGUGCGCGGUCUGCACGGCGCCCCGCGGCGGAGCUUCAUGUGGGGUUGCGGCCCGCUCAGCCGGCGCCUCGCUGAGGGAACGGACCCCUGGUAACCGGAGACCGCCUCCCUCCCCACCCCCGGCGCCAAAGGAUAUCGUAUGUUCAGGUCCAAACGCUCGGGGCUGGUGCGGCGACUUUGGCGAAGUCGUGUGGUCCCCGAUCGGGAGGAAGGCGGCGGCAGCGGCAGCGGCGGCGGCGACGAGGAUGGGAGCUUGGGCAACCGAGCUGAGCCGGCCCCGCGGGCACGAGAGGGCGGAGGCUUCGGCCGCUCCGAAGUCCGCCCGGUAGCCCCACGGCGGCCCCGGGACGCGGUGGGACCGCGAGGCGCCCAGAGCGCGGGGAGGCGCCGGCGUGCAGGGGGCCCCCCGAGGCCCAUGUCGGAGCUGGGGGCUGGUGCUGGGGGCUCCCCGCUGGACGUGACCGAGCCGGGAGGCCCGGGCUGGCUGCCCGAGAGCGACUGCGAGACGGUGACCUGCUGUCUCUUUUCGGAGCGGGACGCCGCCGGCGCGCCCCGGGACACCGGCGCCCCCCUGGCCGGGGCGGCCCUGGAGCCGGGCGGCGGGCGGAGCCGCGAAGCCCGCUCGCGGCUGCUGCUGCUCGAGCAGGAACUGAAGACGGUCACGUACUCGCUGCUGAAGCGGCUCAAGGAGCGCUCGCUGGACACGCUGCUGGAGGCGGUGGAGUCCCGCGGCGGCGUGCCGGGCGGCUGCGUGCUGGUGCCGCGCGCCGAUCUCCGCCUGGGCGGCCAGCCCGCGCCGCCGCAGCUGCUGCUCGGCCGCCUCUUCCGCUGGCCCGACCUGCAGCACGCCGUGGAGCUGAAGCCCCUGUGCGGCUGCCACAGUUUCGCCGCCGCCGACGGCCCCACCGUGUGCUGCAACCCCUACCACUUCAGCCGGCUCUGUGGGCCAGAAUCACCGCCACCCCCCUACUCUCGGCUGUCCCCUCGCGACGAGUACAAGCCACUGGGUAAGUGUGUCCCCUUCAGUGCUUUGAAAUGGGGCAAAGUUUUACAAACACUCCCACG